CUGGAUGAACUCACAGUGAAGCUUUGUAUCACAGCUGCGGGUUGAGUUCAUGUCCAUUCUCACAAGCUGUGAAGUUGUAUUUGUACAGUUUCAGAUGCAGCGCAUGAAGAGACAUGAGAAUGAAACAUUUUCAUUGCAAAAAGGACAAGGCAAUGGCGGCUUCAGUUAAUAUGGUUUUUCUUCUCUUCCUCAGAGAUGACGUAUAAGAUGUCCAACGAUACACUUUGCAAGUGCUUGGAGCUCAAUAGUAAAUCCACCAAAUGCAUCCAUAGUAGAAAAAACAUGAUUGAGAAAUUUUGGGACGAAGUUAUGGCCGGACCACACCCGGAGGAGACCGGCGGCGGCAGCCGCCUUGAGAAGCUGCGGAAGAACCUUUCAAUCCAGACAAAUGGUGGUGUGGAUGAAGGGUCGUCGAGCAGCAAGAACCUGGGGUCGCCGGCGGUGCCGGUGAGUCCCACAACUCAAUCUCCGACGGCGGCGCGUAAGGAGAACGUGUGGAGGAGCGUGUUCCACCCCGGCAGUAACCUGGCCACUCGCAGAAUCGGCGCCGAAGUGUUUGACAAGCCUGCUCACCCCAACUCCCCCACUGUUUAUGACUGGAUGUAUAGUGGAGAAACGAGAUCCAAGCACCGCUGAAGAAAUUAAUCGGAUUGUGUGUUUUAUUACUUGUGUUGUCAUUUGCUUAUCUUCAGACUAUUGUGUGUUUAAUGAUGUAUAAUUACUAAUGUUGUCAUUUGCUUAUCUUUAAUUAUGUAUGAUUACUAAUGUUGUCAUUUGCUUAUCUUUAGAUUGUGUGUUUGUAUAUUUAUUUCCUAUUUUUGUACUUGUGUUUUAUUUAUUAAUCUACCCUCAAAGUGUGCAAUAAUCUUAUGAGUAUGAU